GCACAUUAUUUACCAACGUCGCAGCCGCGCGCUGCCCGGCUCCGGACGCCGGUGGCAGCACUGUGCGAGCGCUAAUUUGCGUUGAACGACACGUAUUUCGGCCGCCGUGAACUGCGUAAAUUGCAUUUCACACGACGCGACGACGAGGACGACGCUGCCACCGCCACCAUCGCCGAGCAUUACGACGACCACAGCAACGGAGCACGGGGAAGCCGAAUCGAUCAGAAAAGGUAAUUCACUGAUAUCAACGCCGUUCAAUAUACUGGCUAUGAAAAUGAAGAUUCCGAAUAACGGGUCCGGAAAUGGCUAUUACGGUCACGACACGGGUAUCAUUUCUUAUGUGGAAAAUAACAUCGAUACUGAAGCCGAGGUACAAGCGACAGGCGACGGGGAUUUCUCCGAGUACCUAUGGAUGGAGAACGAAGAAGAGUUCGACAAACAGGUGCUCCAACAAUUGGAAGAGGAAGAACUGAUGGAGGAGUGUCUAGAGGCGAUGUUGGAAGAAGAGAGGCAACAUGAAAGGAAUAUAAAUUCGACCGCGUGGUCCACAGCUACGGGCACCUCCGACAAUAACACAGCUGAACUCUGUCAACAACUCAGCGGUCUGAAAAUGCAGGAUGAUCUUGCUAAGCAGAGCACGCUAAAUCCAGACGCAGCUGAAUUUAUUCCAGCGAUCAAAUCGACGGCGGUAAGUACAUCGUCAGAAGCCGUCGAGUCAACGUCGAAAAUUUAACUUUACCCGCCUACGUUUAAGUCAUGUAAAGUCGGGCUAUACGUAAUGGCUAGAGAGAGUCUACUAUUUCCAAUCGGACAAUUGUAUUAAGUGAAUCGUGUGUAGAAGUUCAAUGACUGUGACUGUACGUACAAAGAUGUUGUAAAGUACGCGCGAGUUGGAAUGUUGUGCUAUAGAUGCACCUCAGUCCGGAACUUAAUAUCAGUUACGGGGUGAAAAAUAUUGUGCUACCGAAAUUUUUAUAGACAAGAAAAAUAUCACGCGAUAUUGAGGGAUUAUUAUAUAUAUGUGUGUUUCUUGCCGUAAUAACGAACCAUCAUGUAUACAAAUCACUCGUUAAAGGAAAUUUGCAAUUUAUACAUCUCUUGUUCAAUGAUGUUUUUUUUCGCGGAGAACAGGUUUUCACUGAAGUAAAUGCUUAUAGCAUUUCUGUUUUCUAACUUGCAUAAGUAGUUAUAAAUUACAAUGUUGUAUAUUGGUCGAAAUGAGCAGCAGUUCACGUUGAAAUGAACUGAGAGAAUGUGUACUAGAUCCUUUAUGGAUUUUAAGUAAGUUUGUAGAAUCAAGGCAAUUAUAUAUAUAUACGCGCGCGCGCACACACACACACACACAUACAUACAUACACAUACACACACACAUUAUCUUGUAAAUUAUGUUUAUAUCUUAUGUAUGUAUAUCUCGAUCAGAUCUUAUCAUGCUAAAGAUUAUGUACUCUUUUUAUCUUUUACUCUUUAUCAAGCUGUAAAAUUUUCACAUUUGACUUUUAUGGCUUGAUACGCAUUAUGUCUAAUGAAAACUUUCCUCUAGAGAGUUCCUUUUGUAAUACUUAUAAUAGAAGAUGAUGUUUGCAGAAUUGUUAGCAGGACAUGUUACACUAUGAUCGCGAAAUAUUGUAAGAAUUAUGUAUCGAAGACAGCAUAUUGUUUUAUAAGGAAUAUUUUUUCUCAGAUAGGUGAAUCGCAAUAUCAAUUGCAAGCAUAUGUAGUCAGAGAAAGGAAGAGUUAUUAUUUGUACAAAUGUAUCGUUUUAUCCAGGAAUUUUAUAGCGAAAUCUCGAAUAUUGCGAAGUCCCGAAAAGUACUAAUCUCAAAAUUUGAAAAAUAAGACAAUGAAGACUACGAAAAUUAUAAUUCUGAAUUUAGCGUAUAGAAGACAAUAUAUGAAAGCCUCAUGUGAGAAAAUUUUAUUCUACACUUUUGGACUUAGUUUUUCAUGAGAAAUUUUUCCUUUUCGAUGAUACUAUUACGUUUUUUUAGCCGUUGUCGUAUUUUUUUAAUUUUUAGAUACUUCUCGGGACUUGGCGCGCAUUCACUAACAAUUCGUUUAAAACAUAUACGAAAAACAUUAUCGAGUCCUGCUUCAGCAUUCGUUCAACAAACUUAAAGAUCUCAAGUGAAAGUCUUACUUAGGCUGUGAGGGACUCUUUUUACUACUCUUUUUAGUGAAACUGAGAAUCAGCACAUUGCUUACUUAUUUUUUUAAACCGAUUUGCAUGAAAUAAUGUUUCAAAAUUUAGGAGACUAUAGAUCAUAGAAUGUAACCUCGAUGAAACAUAAUGGAAAUAGAGUAAAUGGUGAAUGUACUUCAAAUUAGCUUGAA